CCACCCACCUCGCCUCUCCCAGACUCCCACCCAUCCGCUUGAGACGCAGAUGCCGGCGAAUCGCAAUCGCAAGCUCUCGGCGAAACACUCGCCGUCGCCGGCCGUCGUACCCACUCCGCGCCCCAAAUCCACAGCCCCUCCCUUCCUAGGCGACGACGACGACGACGACUUCCAACCUCCCCGCUCCCGCCCAUUGAAUCCCUGCAAUGCCGCCGCCGCGCGCCGGCCCCGUAAGAAGCUCAAGCCAUCCUCCUCCUCGGGGAAGGAGAACGGUUCCGUCCCCGGUGGCGCUAUUCCUGCGGUGACGGUCGCCGCGACGGCCGCGAAGGGUGCGGGAACCCUAGCCGCCGGUUCGAGGGUUAGCGGUGGCGUUCCUGAGGCGAAGGAACUAAUGGCCGGAGAAAUUUUCGACCCCUCGAGGUAUGGAUCUGAUGUAUCCGAAUUAGGUCGUAAAGGGAAGUUACGAUUGGAUGCGUAUGGAUAUUGCAAAGGGAGUUCCAGUUCCUUGCCCAAUUCGUUGAAAUCGAGGGUUUUGGCGCUCGGUGUGGUAUGUGAUUUGGGAAGCGGGCGCUGUGAGCAGGCGCAAGCAGUUGACUCCAGUAUCUCACUUCCUGUUCCUCAAGAGUGGCACGUUACGGACGAGGUGGCAGGCUCUGAGUGUGAUCAGCCAACAGUGGAAAAGAAGCUGAGGAGCUCUGAAGCUCUUGAGGAGCAUCACCACUCCAGGUUGAUUGAACCGGAGAUUCUUGAAUCAGAUGCAAACUGUGAAUUUGUAACUGCAGGUCCCUAUUAUUCUGAAGGGCUGGGUUCAGGGAUUCUUGGCCCACUCACUGAUGAAAAGAGCAUGGAGAAAGAAGCUGGGGUGGCAUCUGAACGUGGCGCUGGGCUUCAUAAAGGGAAUAACUGUUUGGAUUCUCUUGAGUCAAAGCUUCCAAUAUCGAAUGCAAAUCAUGAUUCUAGAGGUGGUGACUGCAGCAAAGCACAAGAGCCUGGUUUGCGAGCAUGUAACUUGGAUUCUCAAGAGGGGAAAGUAGCUGCAGGACAUUGUGCAACCCCUGAAAAUGAGGCUAUGGAGAAUAGAUCCAAUGGUCCUGAGGCUUGUGAGGGGCAUUGCUUCUCCAGUCCAUCUGAAUCAAAUCUUCCAGAAUCACAUAUGAUCCAUGACUUUGAAGCUGAUGGUUAUGAUAAUUUUGAGAUUGGGACACAGCUCAAUGAGCUAAUUAACUUGUGCAUGGAGGAUUCCAUAGAGGGUCACUCAAACUGCACAUCUCCCAUUGAAAAAAAUACAUUUGAUUCCAAGAGGUUCAAGUCAGACUAUCAAGUGAAAUGCCCUCUAUGUGGAUUGGAUAUAUCCGAUUUGAGCGAAGAGCUUCGGCAGCUGCAUACUAACAAUUGUCUUGAUGAACCUGCUAAGGAAUCUAGCCCCAACCAUGAAAAAGAACCCUCUGCUGGAGAAACUGUUGAAAUCAGAUGUGUUAUUGAAUGGUUAAGAAACCUUGGGUUAUCCAAGUAUGAGGAAAUUUUUAUCAAAGAAGAAGUUGACUGGGAAACCUUGCAAUGGUUCACUGAAGAGGAUCUACUGGGUAUGGGGAUCACUGCUCUUGGACCAAGAAAGAAAAUUACCCAUGCUCUAGCAGAGUUACGGAAGAAACAUGAUGAUGAUGCCAAUGAUAUGGAAGCUGGUGUGCUAAGUUCAGAAGAUACUAAGAAGACUAAACUUCCAAUGAACGGGAAUAAAUUAAUUACUGAAUACUUUAAAUGUUCGUCCGUUGAUCAAAGACAAAGCAGGGUCUGCAAAGUCAACAAGUCAUCUAAUCUGAACGAGCAGAAAAAAUCUAGUGCUAAAGUACCCACUAGAAGAAUUAGCACUGGUAAAGGAAAGGUUAAAGACACACCUCUUUGGUGUUGCAUCCCAGGAACUCCUUUUCGAGUGGAUGCAUUUCGCUACUUGAGAGGCGACUGUUGCCACUGGUUUCUCACACACUUCCAUGUAGAUCACUACCAAGGCCUGACUAGAAGCUUUUGCCAUGGGAAGAUAUACUGUUCCUCAAUUACCGCAAGUCUCGUGCAUCAUAAGAUUGGUAUUCCAUGGGAUAAAUUACAUGUAUUGCCACUAAACAAAAGGAUUACUAUCUCUGGAGUUAAUUUGACAUGUUUUGACGCCAACCAUUGCCCUGGGUCAAUUAUUAUUCUCUUUGAGCCUCCAAAUGGUAAAGCUGUUUUGCACACUGGAGACUUCCGGUUUUCUUCCGAGAUGGUCAACAAUCCUGUUUUGCAGUCUUCACAUAUCCACACUCUAAUACUGGACACAACCUAUUGCAAUCCACGAUAUGACUUCCCUAGUCAAGAGAUUGUGAUACAGUUCGUCAUUGAGGCCAUCCAAGCAGAAGCUUUCAACCCAAAAACAUUGUUUUUGAUUGGUAGCUACACAAUUGGGAAAGAAAGACUGUUUAUGGAGGUUGCUCGUUUGCUUCAGAAGAAAAUAUAUGUUGGAGCUGCAAAGCUGCAAAUAUUGAAACACUUAGAGCUUCCUCAGGAAAUCAUGCAUUGGUUUACAGCCAAUGAAGCAGAAAGUCACAUACAUGUUGUCCCCAUGUGGACUCUAGCGAGCUUCAAGCGGAUGAAACAUUUAUCCAAUCAAUAUGCUGGCCGGUUUGACCUCAUAGUGGCAUUCUGCCCGACUGGUUGGGCAUUUGGCAAAGGGAAGAAAAGGACACCUGGCAAAAGGUGGCAACAAGGAUCAAUCAUCAGAUAUGAAGUGCCGUACAGUGAACACAGCAGCUUCACGGAACUGCAAGAAUUUGUCAAGUUCAUAUCACCGGAGCACAUAAUCCCUAGCGUGAACAAUGACGGCCCUGAGAGUGCAGAUGCUAUGCUUGCCCAGCUGUUAAACGAGUAGUGGAAUUCGUUACUCCAAUGCCUUCGGCUGGAUACAAAUGUCUGUUUGGAGAUCAUAGGAAAGGGAAGUUAAACGUUCAACAAUUACAGAACUGAUGGAGGAAAAAUGCGAGGGUUUACCCAACUGGUUCCUCGGAUUUCUGACGCGGAAACCAAGGAUGCACGGUGGACAGUGCAGGGAUUGUUCGAAGACGCGUUGGAGGUGCUGGAUGAUAAAUAGCUCAGCGAAGCUGCUGCGCCUGUCAGCGGAGAUAGCUUGUGAAUUGUGAUUGUCACGCGAGUAAGCUCGCAUCAGUGUGUAACUGUGAGCGCAUCUCAUUGGCACGAGGGCGGCAAAUUGUCUGUCCAGGAUUUUGAGUGUUUGUCAGUUUGGAUUUUUGCAAGGAGAAGUUGUUUUACCAACCUGGUCGUAACAUAACAAUAUUUAAUCA